ACGUUUAUAAACACAUCAUCGCAAUACGGUGCAUGAAUCACAAGGUUAGUGAGAUUAAUAAAGCGUCCGGUUGGUAGCUGUGAAAGUGACUGGAAGUGUCAUUGUUUGCAGGCAAGUUGAUAAGUAACUGAUAAGCUAAGGGUCAAGGAUAAUGAGUUACCCUGGCUAUCCUGGAUAUCCACAGGCUGGGUUUGGAAUGCCACCUCCCCAACAGCCAACUCCUGGCGUAUAUCCUCCACCUCAUCAAGCUACUGCUCAACUUAGUUAUCCGUUGAAUCCUGGAUUUGCUGGGCAAAUAAACCCUCCUGGUCCUGGAUUUGCUGGUCAAAUAAAUGCUCCUAGUAUGUCACAGUAUCCUCCAUAUCCAUCAUCAAACACUUCCAUAUAUCCUUCCAGCAGCAAUCCACCAUGUCCAGGUUAUUCGCCUCAAAACCAGGUUGCAAUGUAUCCGCCCACAAACUCAGUUACGCACCCCAGUCCUGUAUAUCCACUGUUGACACAGUCCAGUUCUCCUUAUCCAACCUCACAGCAUUGUUUCCCUACUCCAGUGCCGGCUACUUUUGCACCGCAGCCUCAGCCAUAUAACCCUGUUACACCUGCUUGUGUUUCGGCUGUUGGUGCAGGCACCCUGAGCAUGAUUCAGGGUGGCCAUAGCUUGAAUAGACCUGGCUCUAAUGUGACGCACACAGUUCGUUCCACAUACACAAAGGGCACUCCUACUGUGACUCCUGUUGCAUCAUUCAAUCCUCGACAAGAUGCAGAAGUUCUACGAAAGGCAAUGAAAGGUUUUGGGACUGAUGAGAAAGCCAUUAUUAAUGUCCUUGCAAAUAGGACCAAUAGCCAAAGACUUGAGAUUGCGGUGCAAUUUAAGACGCUGUAUGGGAAGGACUUGAUAUCAGACCUGAAAAGCGAACUCAGUGGUCGUUUUGAGGACUUGAUUGUAGCCAUGAUGACACCACUUCCACAGUUUUACGCUAAAGAAUUGCAUGAUGCCAUAAGUGGAAUUGGUACAAAUGAAACUACGCUAAUUGAGAUACUGUGUACCACAACCAAUCAUGAGAUACACACAAUUCGAGCUGCCUAUGAGAGAAUGUUUCGCAGUUCCUUGGAAAAGGAUUUGUCAGGCGAUACCUCAGGAAACUUCAGGAGACUUUUGGUUUCACUUUGCACUGGCAACCGUGAUGAAAGUUACACUGUAGACCAUGCAGCAGCUGUGCAGGAUGCGCAGACACUACUGAGAGCCGGUGAGUUACAGUUUGGAACAGAUGAAUCGACCUUCAAUGCCAUCCUGUGUUCUCGCAGUUACCCACAACUUCAACAGAUCUUCAAUGAAUAUCAGCGUCUGACAGGACAUGACUUUGAGAAGGCUAUAAAGAAUGAAUUCUCAGGGGAUAUUGAAGCAGGCUUGCUUGCUAUUGUGAAAUCUGUGCGCAACAAGGCAGCCUUUUUUGCGGAGCGUCUAUAUGAAAGUAUGGCUGGUAUGGGUACUAAAGACCGAGCUCUGAUUCGCAUUAUGGUGACACGAUGCGAAGUGGAUAUGGUCGAUAUUAAGAAUGCUUUUCAGAGUAAAUAUGGCAAGACAUUGGAGAGUUUUAUAUCAGAUGAUACAUCGGGAGACUAUAAGAAGUGCCUGCUUGCUUUGUCAUCCCAAUAAUAUGGAUAAUUCUCUGUCCAUACUGCAUAGCAUUCAAAAGCUACAUCCAUGCUGCAUAUUCUAGCAGAUGCCUUCUUGUUCUAAAUAUAUAGGCCUAUAUACUACAUAUAAGAUAUAUAUACUUUUUACAUUUUAGUGUGAAGUUUUUAUCUCUGUACUGUACCUGCACACAUUGUGCCUACUCAAUAUGAAGAAUCAAACUAUGAAAAUCAUAGUUCUUAAUGAUUUAUGAGUUUGAUCUUUGAUAGCAUAUUUACUUGUGUAAUGUCCCCCUUCUUAUAAUGUUCCUUCUUUUUGUAACUGAUCACACAGCAGUUCAUUUUAACUCUGCCCCAUAGUACAGUUGAGGAACUAUGGUUCAAUUCCAAGUAAGGGCAAGGGCUUCCUCUCUUCCUCAUAAUGUCCAGACUGGCUCUGGGACCCAACCAGCCUCUUAUACAGUGAAUACUGGGGGUUGUUUCAUGGGGUGUAAAGUGGGAAGGGCGUGAAGCUGACCACUUCAGGGUUGAGAUUAAAAAUGGUGGGGAUUCAUUCCACCAUAUGUCUUCAUGAGGUGGUGCUUAAUUAAGCACAGGGACAACUUUAGUUUCUUAUAUGACUUCAGUGCAAGUCUCUUGUUUUAUCAAGAACUAACCUAAAGCAUUUUGGUUUUCCCCACACAUAUAGUGAAAUCUAGUAUUUAGUGAUAUUUUUUUCUUGUCCCAGCAAGAGCCCAGCAGAGAAACAGUAUGUAUAUCUUUUUCCUGUAUUCUUUGAAGGUUGGUUUCGUUUAUAACAUUCAAUGUAAGAUCUUUUCACCUUUCCAGAAAAAUUUGCCAGUAGUGCUGAUUAUGCAAUAUCGUUUAUUUGUAUAAAAGCAGUUUAACUACUUCUGUAAGUAAUUCAGUGAAUCAUUACCUCCCAGGAAGUCACCACUGGUUCUGAGGAAGGUUGCCAUGAUAUUAAGAAUUAUUUGAAAUAUAGUUGUACUCCUGCAUGGUUUUGGCAAGUCAGAUUUAAAA